UCUUUCGAAUAAAUGUAUGAGUACGAAGGUUGAGUUAAAGGACAACACGGCUGAUCAGCUGAUUGCUCGAUUAGGCAGUUGGGCAGUUUUUAGGUGAACAACCCCAAUGAAUUCAUGAGAUCGACCACCCAUCACUUCGUCAGCUAUGGGAGAUUCUUCGGAGAAAGUUGAACCACCAAUAUCGCAAAUUAACAGCACUGAUUUAGAUCCUAUCUUGAAACACUUACAGAAAUGUGACAGCUUCACAGACAACAGUGACAGUGCUUUCCACUAUGCCAAGUUUUCGUUAUCCAUGAGUGACAACGAGUCAAUAAAAACGAACAGAUCCAGCAUUAGUAGCAUGGGGGGUUACGAAUAUGACGACAUAAAUUAUCCUGGUGAUCAUUUGAUGAAAUUUGAGCCUGGGAACCUGCGCCUGAGUUUGAUUCUGGGAAUUUCAGAAGAUGAAAAAGCUGAAAAUCGACUAGCCUGUGCCAACCACUUUCAACCGUAUUCUCCACAAUCAAACAAUUUUUCACAAGACAGUGAGUUUGAUUUCUUAAAAGAGAAGUCACUGAGGAAGUGUAUUUCAUUGAAGUCAAACAAAACACCCCCAACAACACCGACUAAGAAAAAGGCAGUGAGGUUUGCAGAUGCUCUCGGUCUCGACCUGGCAUCCAUUCGACACGUCAUCGAUUUGGAUCAGCCACCUAUUGUCCCCGAUUAUGCGAUGAGGGACUUGAAUCUCAAAAGCGAUCCAAUUGUCCUUCUCAACAGUCAGCAACAGACCAGACGACUCUGCAUCUGCUUCUCGUCGCCUGAAAACUGUCCUGACUUCUUCAAAAGAGUUCAAGAAAGAAAGGUCCUGCUGGAAAAUUGUUUUGUUGACGACAACAGAGGUUUAGUUUAUGGUAAAAUUCGAGUCAUGAAUGUAGCUUUCCAUAAAUCAGUGAGUAUUAGAUACACCCUUAACAGCUGGUUAACAAACGAUGACAUACCAGCUCGAUAUGAAUCUAGCUCAGAUGACAAAGCGACCGACAAAUUUGCAUACACGAUUAUCAUACCAGACUAUUUCAGAUUGGGUAACAGUUUGGAAUUCUCAAUAAUGUACACUACGGCCAAUCAGACAUUUUGGGACAACAAUUAUGGCAGUAAUUAUAGAAUAGAGUGUUAUAUGACUAAUGAGUCUAACAACAUCUUCUAAUUAGAGUUUCUAUUCAUCGCAAUUUUAACGUUUAUUUCAUUAAAAAUUAAAAAAUUUGAUCUUUGUUUCGCCUGACGUGCUGUUGUGUUGUCGUCAUCCUGUCAGUCGAAAAACAUCAAAUUGUAAUAUUUGUAAUUGUGUCUUGUUUGUAAUCAUCUAUCCUGUUGUACGUGCACAUGUACAUACCUACGUCUUAUUGUGUUGUGAGCCACCGUAUUAUUUUUAUAUAUAAUAAGUGAAGUGAUACAAAUUUCUGGAAACAAGUGAUUUUGAAGUUAAUUAUAUUUUGUUUUCAGCAUUUCUUUGCCAUUUAUUUCAAUUAAAAAUUAUUUCAACAAAGACGACAACGGUUUCCAAAUUGAAGAACUUGCAUGAUAUUCUCACCAUAUUAUUUUGUUUCAAUACGGUUAAGAUCGCUUAUAACGUCGUUUACCAACCUUCAUUAACCUCUUCAUUUUAAAAUAAUAAUUAUUUUUCUUUAAUUCAGUUUUGAGAUUUUUCAAACUAUUUUUUCGUUUUUUACUUCAAUCUUUUGUAUAUCUAUCUGUAUACAUAUUUAUUUGUGUGUUUGCGUAUAUAUAUAUAUAUAUAUAUAUAUAUAUAUAUAUAUAUAUAUAUAUAUAUAUAUAUAUAUAUAUAUAUAUAUAAGUUCUCCGUCAUACUAGAGUUUCCAUAACAGUUUUCCAGCUUGUUUUCAAACAAAAGCAGUUGCGUGUCCACCUCAUGAAGACAAACUUUUUACCAUCCUCACAGCCAUCGUUCGCUCUGUAUCUUUUUGGCUUAAGACGGUGAGUAAAUUUAGAUUCAAUUGGUAUAUAUUUUUAAUACAUGAAAAGUUAUGGACUGCUUAUUAUUAUUUGCUACGUUCUAUGCUCAGUCUACCCGAAGGUUUACCUCCAAUAUUGCCUAAUUUGUAUAGAUUUAUUUAUAGACAGUGUAUGUAAGUAUAUAUAUAUAUAUAUAAUAUAUAUAUAUUAUUACACAUUACAGUAUACGGAUAAUAAAUAUUUUUUUAUUUAUAAUUUUUUUAAUAAUUACAGUGCAUUAAAGUUUUGUUAAUUUUUAUCAGAAAUCAUCCGAAAUUAAAUUUAUGUAAUUUUUCGACAAAAGAAUAAAUUUGAAGGUUUG